AUGUCUCUACCUGAUACCACCGAGCAAAAUUCCUUUAAGGAAGAGAUCGUGGAGUUGGCUAGAACGCUAGCUGAAAUUCAAAGUCGUUUACAGCAACUAGCUCUACGCCUUGAAGAAAAGGAGAAACACAGUGAAAUUUCGGGGCGUUGCCGAGAAUUAGAAGAGUCGCUCAAGGUUGCAGUCAAUAGCGCUAAAUGGCUUAAUGCUCAGAACAAGGACUUGCAAUUUAGGCUGGACCAGAGCCGUCCGGAAAUUGACCGUCUCUUGAUUGCCAGAGAAAGUGCUUGUAAAAGGUUGAAGCAUGCGCGCAAAGUCAUCCGGGACCUUCUUGAAGAAAGAGGAGAUAUGUCCAGUCCUAGAACACAAGGCUCCCUUAGUCAGGGAGAAAUAAACGAAGCUUUAAACGAUGACUUUCGACCAGAUGACUCUUCCAGUAGUUCGAAUGACAGUGCCAGUGACAAAACAGUUCGUUUAAACAAAACCCCACUGGUUGAGUUGACCAAUCCGAUUUCUCCGAGUUCUGAAGGCAUAGUAUCCCAUUUUCCAUUAGGUCGCAGUCCAAUUACUUUGCACACCAAUACUACCACUCAUAGUAAGAAUGCAACACCUUCGACACCUCGUUCACGGUCAACUUUGUCGUUUCGAACUGGAAAUACCAGUUCCAGUAACUUGCAGUCUCCCCAACGGCCAUCAUCAGUAACACAUAAUAGCUCGCCCAACAGUUCCACUGAAUCACCAGGCAGAUGGCUGAUUCAGUACACCAAACCCCCUGGCAGUAGGGCAUUGGAGGUGCCACAUCCUGUACAAUCGGAUGUACUUCAAGAAUUUUUGAACUUGGAUGAAGAUGCAAUGCAAUCCUUACAAGGUACCAUGACUUCAUCAGACAUAAGCAUGCGGUUGCAUAUCGUCAGGCUUCCCAUUCAACACAGCGUGGCCUUUCUUUACGAUCCUAUAUUCGCUGAAACUCGUCAACUGAAAAGUUACAUUGUUGAUUGGGGACGACAGCAAACAAACCAAAAUAUAGAAAGAUAUAUCUUGCAGCACAAGGAGGUUGACCCUGUUUUUGAAGUUUUCAUCUUUCCGAUAAGACAGCAAAAGUGGUAUUACGUCGGGCCAAUGGAGUGGUCGGUUGUCGAGGGAAAGGAGGUCUGGCAGGGACUACAAGGAAAAGACAGGACGAAAAUCAUCAGCAAACUUUGCAAAAGAAGUCGAGGCCAAGUAAAUGGCAAUGAGAUGGAGAAACUACUUGAUGAGGCUGAACUCCAUCAAAUCUGCGUUGAGAUGAAAGGCGUAAAGGAUAAACAUGAAUUCGAAGAACGUGUUUUUGGGAGCCGUCCUGCGCUGCUCGAGGACUUGAGACCCACCGAGCGGAGUGCUUAG